AUGCAGCCCAAGGUAUCAAUUGUUGGCGCUGGGCCUGCUGGGUUCGCUCUUGCUGCAGAUCUUCAAAGGCAUGGGACCGACGUAUUGGUCUACUCGCACCCCGACCAUCUGCGUCACGCCGGCCAUGUCAUUGAGAAUGGCUUCUUGACAACUACUGGUAUUAUCAAAGGCCCCGUGAGCUUGAAGGUGACCUGCAACAUGACAGAUGUUGUCCACUUUUCGAGAUUCAUCAUCCUCACGGUUCCUUCUACCGGACAAGAGACAGUGCUGAAAGAGCUAAAGAGAUUCUGCUUGAAGUGCCACACGAUCAUUGCGGUGCCAGGAAAUUUGUUUUCGCUCAUUGCGGACGCUGAGUUGGAGGUUGGACAUAUUCUAGAGACCAACUUAUCGCCGUAUUCCUGCAGGAUGGACCAAGGGAAUCUCAUAGUGCUAGGUCGGAAAAGCCGCUUCUUCAUUGCAUCUUUGGAGAAGAACAUCAGCCCGGAUCUGAAGAAUCUCAUCAACGGGAUCUUCCCAAUGGAGCUUGAAUGGUGCAGCAGCGUUAUUGAGGUGUCUUUGAUGAACAUCAAUGGCGUGUUUCACCCACUCAUGAUGUUGAUGAACGCGGGUCGGAUCGAAAGCGCGGGGGAUUUCUAUUUGUACCGCGAAGGUCUUACCCGCUCCGUGGCCAAUGCCAUGGACGCGGUCGACAAAGUUCGGAUACAGAUCGGCGAAGCGUUUGGACUACGGAUGGAGAGCACGAUCAAGGUGUCGAAUGACUGCUACCGACACACUUUCACUGAUCUGGUGGACCUAGCACAAAAUUCGAAGCCGCAUAAAAACCUCAAGGCGCCGGAUAACAUACACAAUCGGAAUAUCUCAGAAGACGUCCCAGACCUGCUGGUGCCCUGGCAUGAUCUUGCAGAAAAGCUCGGAAUUGAUGCAUCGCCGAUCAAAGCAGUCAUUUUAAUGGCAGAGAUGGCUACCGGAAUGGACUAUAUGAAGACAGGAAGAAAUUUGCAGAAGCUGAACUUGAAUCAUAUGUCAAGCCAUGAGUUAGUCGAGAGGUUCCACCUAUUAGUAGAUGGCCGAAGACGGUAG